GAUAAAUGUAGUUACAUACGACUUCUACUAUUUCAUUAUUUUUUUUGUCAGAUACAAAACAUGUAGUAUGUCUACUACAUAUAGAUUUUUGCUUAUUCAUUUUCGCGAUAAAAAAAAACGUAUCAGCAAAAAAAAAAAUGAUAUUAUAUAAACUUAAAUUUGGAUGAUAUUCAUUACAUUAGAUAUUGCUGUCGAGCAUCUGACGACAUAACAUUUUGAUUAGACUAAAAUGAAAAUAUGUUAAUGCAGUUAUAUUAGUUGCUAGAAAUAUGUGAAAACGGGUUUAUUUCAGUUGGAAUAUUUUUAAUCUUGAUGUAUCCGUACUAAUGAUACUAUCAUAAAAGAAGCUGCUGAGUGAUGAAAAUUCCCUGUUCUGUGAUUGUACUGUUGAUUGUACUACAGUAUGCCACACUGUCUGAUGGAGGUUUGAGUUUUCUACAAACACUGUUAGAGAGUGCUUGGACAUCCUCGGACCCACUUGAUGACAACACCGAACAGAUUGAUAAUCCUUGCUGUUCAUUUCCAUGCGAGAACCGUGGUGUAUGUAUGACAACUGGUGUUGGUAGAUUCGAGUGUGACUGCGAGGGGACUGGCUAUUAUGGACCAACAUGCGAGAAACCGACAUUCUGGAAGCGUGUUGUCUGGUUGAUAAAGCCAGACUCAGACUUCGUGCAUGAGUUACUGACUGAAGCAAAACAUAGCUGGAUAUGGACCAUUGUGAACAGGAUACCUGGGCUAUCUGAUGCUGUCAUGAAAAGAAUAUACCUGAUACGUGGAGCCAUGGUAGAUUCACCAGCCACCUACACAUCGGAACAUGAUUAUAUUACUUAUGAAGCUUAUGGUAACAGAUCUUAUUUUGCACGUGCACUGCCUCCCGUGCCAAAAGAUUGUCCUACACCUUUAGGAGUUGUAGGUGCUAAAGAACUUCCAGAUGCAGGUAUGAUAGUGGACAAACUGAUGAAACGUACUGUUUUCAAACCUGAUCCAAGAGGUUCCAAUGCCUUGUUUACAUUUUUUGCACAACACUUUACCCAUCAGUUCUUCAAGACAGAUUUUCAGCGUGGACCUGGGUUCCAGUGGGGAGGACAUGGGGUGGAUGUAUCCCAUGUGUACGGUAAAGACAAACAUGUAGAAAAUAUGUUGAGAAGUUUUGAAGAUGGCAAGUUAAAAAUGCAGACGAUAAAUGGAGAAUCAUGGCCACUCCUCCUGAAAGAUGUAGAAGUGCCGAUGCAUUAUCCUCCGAGCGUGCCAAAGGAAAUACAGUUUGCCCUCGGACACAAGGAUUUUGGCUUGUUGCCAGGAUUAUUUAUGUACGCUACAAUAUGGAUGAGGGAACAUAAUCGGGUCUGUGAUAUAUUAAAGGGAGAGCAUCCUGAAUGGGACGAUGAAAGGCUCUUCCAAACCACAAAAUUAGUAAUUUUAGGAGAAACCAUAAAGGUUGUGGUAGAAAACUAUGUACAGCAUUUAAGUAAUUACAAUUAUCAAUUGGUUUUUAAACCAGAACUACUUUUUGGGCAGUCGCAUCAGUAUUCUAACCGAAUUACAGCCGAGUUUAAUCACAUGUAUCAUUGGCAUCCAUUAAUGCCAGAUGAGUUCAAUAUCUCUGGGACUACUUACACUGUGAAAGAUUUUCUCUUCCGUCCUGAUAUAGUUCUGAAACAUGGAAUGAGAGAUUUCGUUGAUGGACUGGUACAUCAGAGAGCUGGCGCAUUUACCCACCAUAACCACAAUUUUUAUACACUUCCUGUUGCCAAGCAGACUAUUUUACAUGGAAGAGCACUUAGAUACCAGUCCUUUAAUCAAUAUAGGAAAAGAUUUAGUCUACCACCUUACCAAACAUUUGAAGAUUUAACUGGUGAUACAGAAGUAGCAAAAGACUUGGAAGAAAUAUAUGGUGAUAUAGAUGCUGUAGAAUUUUAUGUUGGUAUUGUUGUGGAAAAAACUAGACCAAAGGCGAUAUUUGGAUCAACUGUGAUAGAACGGGGAGGACCUUUUUCUGUAAAGGGGCUUUUAUCAGCCCCUAUUUGUAGUCCGCAGUAUUGGAAACCAUCCACUUUUGGUGGAGAUGUUGGGUUUGACUUAGUAAAAACUGCAUCAUUAGAGAAGUUAUUCUGUAAGAAUAUGGCAGACUGUCCUAAGAUCUCAUUUGAAGUUCCAAAAGGCUCUGAAAGUUGUACGAAAGAAACCCAAAGCUGCACAAAGAAUGAGUUAUAGCAGAUGUUUUUCAACACAGUAUGAAGGAGAUCUGGAUACGUGACUGAACUAUACUAUUCUGAAUUAACUGAAUUAAGAAUCAGUCCAGCUUAAAAAACCAGCAGUCACUAUCUUUCACAGCAGAUCCUCUGUU